ACUGUCGCAAAUCAAGUUACUCCUCGAACUGCUUUGCGAUCGUCGUAAAACAGGCGUGCGUUAGUUUUAACUUGCCAUUUUUUCUACACGACAUUGUUUCCACGGCGUGAUUAUAGUAUCGUAUAUGAGUGGCGUGUGUAGGAACAAAGCUUGGAUCUCACAGAAAAGCGACGAAAAGACGACAAAAGAAGAUGUUUAAAAAGUUUGAUGAGAAGGAAAAUGUGUCAAACUGCAUACAGUUGAAAACAUCCGUCAUUAAAGGCAUAAAGAGCCAGCUGCUGGAUCAAUUUCCUGAAAUCGAGUCAUGGCUCAAUCACAUAAUGCCAAAGAAGGACCCUGUCAAAAUAGUGAGAUGCCAUGAACACAUUGAAAUCUUGACGGUGAAUGGAGAGUUGCUCUUCUUCAGACAGCGAGAAGGCCCGUUCUACCCCACACUGAGAUUGUUGCAUAAAUAUCCGUUUAUUCUUCCGCACCAGCAAGUUGACAAAGGGGCCAUCAAAUUCGUCUUAAGCGGAGCCAACAUCAUGUGUCCGGGGCUGACGUCACCGGGCGCUAAACUCUACCCGGCUGGAUCCGACACCGUCGUCGCCAUCAUGGCGGAGGGUAAACAACACGCGCUGUGUGUCGGCGUCAUGAAGAUGUCUGCAGAGAGCAUAGAAAAAGUCAACAAGGGCAUCGGGAUCGAGAACGUUCACUAUCUCAACGACGGACUGUGGCACAUGAAGACGUAUAAAUAAGUCACAUCCCAAAAUAUAUAGCGAUUUUAAAGGCUCAUCUGUUUACACCGACUUAAUCAAGGCUUUGUACCAGUUCACCAUUGUGCACCAAUUAAAAGAAACAACUCGCUUCGAACAUCUUUU